AGCUUUAGUCGUAAGAUUCGGUUUCAUCCAACCGAUUUCAUUGUCCAGUUCCAUUCCACAAAGCAAUACAUCUCGGAUAUUCAAGAAAAUCAAUUUUCAAAAUGUUGCUAAACUUAGUGUAUGGUAUGCUGGAAACCAUAUCAAAUGCAAUAUACACAACAGUGGCCACCGUUUGGAGUAUUGAACAGGCCGCGAUCAACCUGAUGAUGUCCACGUUUCUGUUUGUGCUGGGCGUUGCUUGCCACCCCUUAAUGUUGAUUCCUAUGCUGAUGGGGGUCUACUAUAUUCUGCGCAACUGCUGGUACCGUCGCGUCAAGAGCCCUCGGUUGGAGAACUCCUUCGAUAAUGAUGGCGGGCUGAAGUCUGGGAUCCGUAACAUGCCCCGUACUCCUCGCCUUCCCGCUUAUCGCAGCUUCGGGAACCUCUCCAAUCUUGACAACGAUGCACCCACUGAUGACUGACCAAAAGGAUGUAGC